UAAUUUUGCCUAGUUAGAGUAUAGUCUCGAGUUCUAGCCUCUUUGUGCCUUACAGUUGGGGAGGGCGUGGCUAUGACUAGCUACCCAGUAGCUGUUUAGCAUAGACACUUGGACCACUUUUAGAAGCUGUUCAAAGCUCAAAAGGUAUACUAGCCAGCAAGCAGGAUGAGCUCGAGUCAGCGAGUGUGUGUGAUUGGGGCUGGGCCCAGUGGUCUAGCUACCUUGAGAGCAUUCAAGAGUUCUCUUGCAAAAGGAGAACAGAUUCCACAAGUGGUGUGCUAUGAGAAGCAGAGUGAAAUUGGUGGUCUGUGGAAUUAUUCAUGGCGAACUGGACUAGAUGAUAAUGGUGAACCAUUACAUAAUGGAAUGUAUCGAUAUUUGUGGAGCAAUGGACCCAGAGAAACGAUAGAAAUUGCAGACCACAGUUUUGAGGAGCACUUUGGAAAGCCCAUUCCUUCCUACCCACCUCGUGAGGUGCUAUUUGAUUACAUUAAGGGAUGCGCUGACAAGAGUGAAGUCAGAGAUUGGAUCCAGCUCAAUACAACAGUUCGUCGAGUGACAUUCGAUUCUGUCACUUCUACUUUCACUGUAGUAACAGUAUGCAAUGGAGCUGAGAAGGUGGAAAACUUCGACUAUGUUAUAGUCGCUUCUGGUCAUUUUAGCACGCCAAAUACUCCGAAAUGGCCGGGGUUUGAUCAGUUUGAAGGUCGUAUCUUGCAUUCCCAUGAUUUCCGAGAUGCAAAGGAAUUCAGCGGGAAAGAUAUCCUGGUGAUUGGGGCAUCCUAUUCUGCUGAAGAUAUUGCCCUACAAUGCUACAAGUACGGUGUGGGGAGUGUGACCCUCUCUUGGCGUACUAAACCAAUGCCUCCUUUCAACUGGCCAGAUAACUUUUCCACUGUCCCUCUUCUUACUCGUGUUGAGGGUUCGAAAUGUUUCUUCAAAGACGGUUCCUCAAAGAAAGUGGAUGCCAUUAUUCUGUGCACUGGAUACAAGCACCACUUCCCUUUUAUGAAAGAAAGUAUCACUCUGAAGACUACUAAUCGCAUGUGGACUGACCACCUUCACAAAGGAAUCUUCUUGUUCAGUAACCCGAGAGUCAUGUACCUAGGCAUGCAGGACCAAUAUUUCACAUUCACCAUGUUCGACGCCCAAGCAUGGUAUGCACGUGACUACAUCAUGGGAAAGAUAACAAUGCCUUCGGCUGAGGCUAUGAGACAAGAAUUUGCUAUUUGGCAUGCCCGAGAAGAGAAACUGAAUAGUGAAGAAGACGAAAUUAAUUUUCAAGCCGACUAUAUUGAUGAUUUGGUCAAAGUCACGGAUUAUCCUAUUUUUGAUUUACAGAAGUAUGUGCAGCUCUUCAUUGACUGGGAGCACAACAAACAUGAGGAUAUCAUGACGUAUCGUGAUCUAUCCCACCGCUCUGUUGUUACUGGUAACAUGGCCCCCCUACACCACACCCCCUGGAUCAAAGCCAUGGACGACUCUAUGACCUCCUAUCUCAACAACAGUUAGAAAAUUGAUGUCAGAAACGUCUGGACAGUACUAUAGUGUCUAUUAUAAUUAUAUGUAGAAUAUAAAAAUUAAGAGCUAAUUAUGCAACUCUGAGCAAUACACUAAUUAGCUAUAUACUUUAGCAUUGCAUUUAUGUUCCUAUAUAUGUAAUUAUAGCACCUGCAUGCAGUUCGAGG